AUGGCACACUACAAAGACGAAUACCCGCUGACCUAUGUACGACUCGAUGAUGACCUUGACUCGCCCCAGCAUCAGACUGGAAAGUCAAGACCAUUGUCCUCGGCAGAGCAGCAGGCCGUCUUGCAGUCCCAGUCAAUAUUCUGGGGUUCCAGCUGGACCCUGGAAAUUAUUGCUUGUCUCAUGUCAGUCAUUUUCUUGGCUGCCAUCAUUGUCGUACUGUACAUGUACGAUGGGAAAUCAAUGCCGGAUUGGCCCUAUGGCAUCACGCUGAACGCGCUGGUCUCCGUCUUGUCGACUGUGAUGAAAGCGUCCAUGGUUUUCAUUAUCACCGAGGGAUUGUCGCAGCUCAAAUGGUCAUGGUUCAGCAAAGGAAACAAGCUCAGUGACUUGGCGCUACUAGACGCCGCUAGUCGUGGGCCCGCAGGAGCUUUUGUUGCUCUCUUUCGUUUUGUUCCUCGUCAUCUAGUCACAUUCGGAUGUCUGGUUCUGGUUAUAGCGGCCGCAACCGAUCCCUUUGUCCAACAAGUGUUGGGAAUCAAAGAGAGAUCAAUCCAUGCUCCUGGAAAAUCAUCAGUGCAGAUAUGUGACUCAAAUCUAUACACUGACUACGAUGAAGGCGAAGGGCCGGGAUUGAACAAAGUCCCUCUAUCAACCUUGGGCGCCAUCUACUCCGGCAUCUUCCAAGAGCAAAGCCCGAACAGCAAGAACACCUUAGUGGACUGCGCCACGGGCAACUGCACAUUUACACCAUACCAAUCGCUGGGUUUCUGCAGUCGUUGCGCCAACAUCACCAGCUCUCUGAAAAAGAAGAAGCAAGCAGGAACUGUCUCCUACAUGUCUGCAUACAACUACACUUUAUCCAAUGGGUUCUACUUCCACACAGCCACCAACAUGAAUUAUCUCAUGAAUGCAACGACCAAUAAGCCCCUCGUCGAAUUGGACACGAAAGGCCUGGCCACCAUCGUCAACUUCACAGCCAUCGCCUCCGAGGGAUACGGAAUGGAACCCCAAGUCAGCGCAACAGAAUGCGCGUUAUACUACUGCGUCGACACGUUCAAAACAUCCGUCAACGGAGGAAAAUUCACCGAAACGAUCACAUCGAACGUCGCCACCUCGAACUAUUCAUCUUCCUAUGAUGCAUUUGGGAAAAACAUCGCAAUAACCCCAGAAACCUGCUACUUUAACGGAACACGACUCAACAACACCAACAGCCCCAAUUGCACAUACAACGUGAACUGGCUCAGUUCUCUAGCAAUGUCAAAUUCCCUCUCCCCUCUUCUGAAAGGGUCAGGCUCGCGAUUCGUCAGCAACAGACCAUCUUGGUCAUCCGACACAGCGGAAGCAUUAUACGGCUAUUACGGAAACUACACAGAGAUUAACUCUGUCUUCGAGACCCUCGCAUCAUCAUUGACAAACCAUGCCCGAUCGAAGGUCUGUCAUGGGACCAAGAAUGGGAUAGCCUGGACAACGCAGUCAUUUGUCCAAGUGAGGUGGCUAUGGAUGAUUCUACCAUGCGCGCUCGUGGCACUGAGCAUGGUAUUUUUGAUUGUUGUUGUUUUCCAUACUCGAAGGCAGUACAUUUGGAAGUCAUCGCCGUUGGCGUUGCUUUUCUCUGACUUGCGGGUUGAUGGGUCUGGAAAUUUCAAACGUGAUCCGACUUUGAAGGGAAUGGAGAGCACUUCAAAGAAGAUGGAUGUCUUCCUUGAGAGCUCGCACGAUGGGCCUAGACUCAAGGCUGUUGCUACGUCGUGA